GCGUUUGCAAGAUUGCUUUUGGUUGGCCAAAUGUUUUGGGGUUGUUUUUGGAGAUCCUGGUGUUUUAACUUAGUUAUUCAGCAGGUGCUCUGGCAGUAGGUGAACACAAGAAAGUACCUCGCCCAUGACAAAUCCCGUCCCCAGUAAGCUAUCAGCAUCUUAGCUUGGUUUGUUUUCUUUCCAGUCCUUUCUUACCCCGGUUUUAGCAAAUGUAACACCAGCAUCAAGUCCCUUCCUGGGAUGACAACCUGUGAGUCCUUCAACCAAGAUGGAGCUUCAGUUUUGGCCUGAUUUGCUUUCUCUCUUGGAAAAGCUGAAUGGUCGGGUGUUCUCGGUGGUUCUGGUCGUGGGUUUUUUGAUUCCUGACCUCAUGAAAAAGAGACGACUCAGGAAUUUCCCUCCAGGGCCACAGAUCUUUCCUCUCGUGGGAACCUUUGUGGACUUUAGGCAGCCCCUCCAUCUUGCACUGCAGAAGCUUACUGAUCGGUGCGGGAAUAUCUCCAGCGUGCAGUUUGGAAGUCUGACUUUUGUGGUGGUCAACGGAUACCAGAUGGUGAGAGAAGCUCUUGUCCACCAGGCUGAAAUAUUUUCAGACAGGCCAAAUAUUCCCCUCCUCCGAGAAAUAUUUAGAGGCUUUGGGCUCAUAUCAUCAAAUGGGCACAUAUGGAGGCAACAGAGGAAGUUUGCUUCAGCAACACUGAAAAACAUUGCUGUAAGUUUUGAGGAAAAAGUGCAAGAGAAGAGCUGGUACCUUGUGGAGACGAUUGAGGAGGAGAAAGGACAACCAUUUGACCCUCAUUACAAAAUUAACAGUGCUGUUUUGAACAUCAUCUGUUCCAUAACUUUUGGGAACCGCUUUGACUACCAUGACAACCGUUUCCAGGAAUUACUGCACUCACUGGCUGAAAUGCUGCUGCUCAUCGGAAGUUUCUGGGGCCAGCUGUAUAAUGCUUUUCCUUUGGUCAUCAGAUGGCUGCCAGGACCUUUUAGGAAAAUCUUCAGGCACUGGGAGAAACUUGAAUAUUUUGUGAAAGGAGUGAUCGCAAAGUACAAGGAGGAUUUGGACCAGUCCGAGGCCAGAUAUUAUAUUGACUGUUACCUGAAGGAAAUAGAAAAAUUUAAGGGUGACACCAACUCGUGUUUCCACGAGGAAAACCUGCUGUGCUCCACUCUGGACCUCUUCUUAACUGGGACUGAAACAACAGCGACCGCCCUUCGCUGGGCUCUGCUCUACAUGGCCGCGUACCCCCCAUUCAGGGUAGGGCCACUGACGGAGAAAGUGCAGCUCGAAAUCAAGAGGGUGAUGGGUCGGUGCUGCCAGCCCAUGAUGGCCGACAAGGAGAACACGCCGUACACCAGCGCGGUGCUGAGCCAGGUCCUGCGGAUGGGCAGCGUCGUGCCGCUGGGAGUGCCCAGGAUGUCCACCAGCAGCACCACCCUGGCCGGCUUCCACCUGCCCAAGGGUACCACCCUGAUGACCAGCCUGACUUCGAUAAUGUUUGACAAAAAUGUGUGGGAGACUCCAGACACCUUUAAUCCUGAACAUUUCCUGGAAAAUGGCCAGUACAGGAGGCAGGAGGCUUUUCUGCCCUUCUCUGCAGGCAAGCGGGCUGGUCCUGGGGAGCAGCUCGCCAGGACCGAGCUCUUCAUCUUCUUCACAGCCCUCUUGCAGAGGUUCACCUUCCGGGCACCGGUGCCUGCUGCCCUGACCUUCACCAUCACACUCAGCCUCACGCGCUGCCCCAAGCCCUCCCAGAUCUGUGCGCUGCCUCGAGACUGAGGCCAGCGCGGGACCACCCCGUGCCCCCCUGUUUCAGCCCUCCACUAGCCAGAAAGUGUCC